AUGAGCGCCGAAGACGACUUCCUCGAGCGGAUCUUUUUGGCUGAACAGACUUACUACUCAGAAGCCUACAGGGCCGGUUUCGAUCUCUCCUCGAAGGAUGUCCCCAGGUCCGACAGCGAAUCUACCCCCCUCGAUCGUCAGCCUGAGCUGGAUGCAGCCUGGGCCCGUGGAGUCCAGCAUGGCGCUGAACUGGGUUCUGAGCUGUACUCCUACCUGGGAUUAGCCAAUCAGGUGCUUUCCACGCAUACGGCGACGACGUCGACGACGGCAGGUGGUCGAAGCGAUCGUCAUGUGGAGCUGGCGAAGACCCUGUUGGCGCUGUUGACCCAAUCCCCGGGCUUGCUUCAAUCUCCCUGCGCAGAGCUCGUAAAAAGACCUGACUUUGAGGAUGAAAUGGCCAGAAUUCGCGCCAAGGCACGCCAGCUGCUCAGUCUACUCGGUGUAAAUACAAUCAGUAGGAAGAUGGACGGCCUCAGUUUCUGA